AUGGAAAAUUGCAUUGAUGACUUCAUCCGCCAAUUCGGGGGUGAGGAUGUUGAGGUAGGUUUUUUCUGGGAGGCUGCUGAACUUCACAAGAGGUUGUGCGAGCUUCAUCAGAUUUCCAACCAGGUGGAAGAGCUUAGGACUCUUGCGGUAGAAGCAAAUGCUCGACGAGAGAGUUACAAGAUUGAUGAUUGCAAGCCUAGCUUUGGCCCUGUGGCUGUUGACACUCGUUUGCGAGCGGUCUACCAGGAGGCGGCCAACCUUGUGGGCAUUGAAGGCCCUAGAGAAGAGGUUAUUAGUUGGUUGAUGAAUACUCAGAAAAAACUAAAGGUUGUGUCCAUUGUUGGUUUUGGAGGCCUGGGUAAAACUACACUUGCCAAACAGGUGUUUGACAAGAUCAAAGGGCAUUUUGUUUGUGUGGCAUUCUUUUCAGUUUCGCAGAGGCCUGAUUUGAGAGUGCUUCUCAAUCGCCUACAACUGAAACUUGGGAUAAAUGUAUCUUCUCACGAUUGCGGGUUUGACGACAUCAUUGAAGAGCUAAGGAAGUAUCUCAUAGAUAAAAGGUACCUUAUUGUAGUUGAUGACUUGUGGGAUCAAUCAGCAUGGAAUACUAUUAGUUGUGCUUUUCCAGAAAAUGGAAAUGGGAGUAGAAUAAUUGUAACCACACGAGUGGAAGAUGUGGCUGGCAUGGCCUGUCAUAAUAACCGUGAGUGCAUUUACGCAAUGAAGCCCCUCAGUGAUCAGAACUCAAGAAUGUUAUUCUCAAAUAGAGUAUUUGGGUCUGAAGUUGUUUGUCCACCCCAUCUUAAAGAUGUUGCGGCUGAAAUUCUGAAGAAGUGUGGUGGUAUGCCGCUCGCAAUUAUCACUAUAGCUAGCCUAUUAGCUACUCAAGUGAAAUCAAGGAAACACUGGGCGAGCAUAAGGAAAUCUCUGGGUGCCCAACCUGCCACAAAUCCUUCAUUGGAAGAGAUAAAAAAAUAUUAA